UCCGGCGCCGAGCAACAAAGAUGGCUUCUUUCACAACCAACAGUCUCACUCUUCGCGCUUCAAUUCUCGCAAACCCUAGUCUACCUCCUCCGAUCCUCCGUCCCCGUCUCUCUCUUCCCCGUAAACCCUCAUUCAAUCUCUCCCUCCAUAACCCUAGAACCAUCGUCUCCUCCGCCGUUACCUCCUCGUCUCCGGUACUCUCCUCUAAACCCCCUUCUCAAUUCCCCUUCUCCGACUCAACUAGAUCGAUCACCACCCUCGCUCUUCUAGCUGGCGUCGUAACCAAAUCCCUAAUCCAGAAGCUCUCCGUCGCAAUUGUAAACCUAUCCCCACAGAUUCAAGCAUCUAUCCGAACAGCGAGUCCGUUGUUCUUCGCGUCGCUCCGUGACCGACCCGCCGGUUAUCUGAACACGCCACUUACAGUAGUUGCAGCGGGGCUAUCGAAGUGGCUCGAUAUAUACAGUGGUGUUCUAAUGGUCAGAGUUUUGCUCAGUUGGUUCCCAAACAUUCCAUGGGAUCGUCAGCCAUUGUCAGCCAUUAGAGAUCUGUGUGAUCCUUAUCUUAAUCUCUUCAGGAACAUUAUUCCUCCAGUGUUUGAUACGCUUGACGUUAGCCCUUUGCUUGCUUUUGCCGUUUUGGGAACUCUCGGUUCGAUUCUCAACAACAGCAGAUGAUGGUUAAAAAGCUCUGCUUUGAGUGAUGGAUGCAAAGGUUAUGGAUCGUAUCAAGCUCUGAUCUUUCCGUUUAUCUUUGGCGUUUAUAUUGUCUAUAGUUACAGCAUUUGGAAGUAUUUAUAAGGUAAUGAUGUAUUAGACUCUAAAGUUUCAGUUUUUUCUUCUGCUCUGUGUUGUUUAUGUGAAUACACGAAUUUGGUUUCA